CAUUAUUCCUUGUCUGGCCUUCAAGUGCUUUGGAAAAUGUUGUCAAUCUCAAGGAGACGCCCAUUUGGAAAAGAGGAUGCCUAGCUUUAUCUCUCAGAUUAGAAAGAGUCCACGUUUCCUUAACAGUCACUCUAACUGGGAACCUUCCCCUUGCGUUUUCCAACGUUUACAGCAAAAGUCACCGGUCGCUGAGAGUUUUACUUCACAAGACCGUCUCUCUGCUCUUCUUGCGCCUCCCAAACGCGGCGACAGUGAGAGCAGCCUGGUCCGCCUUCUUUGCGCGGAAAGGCCGACCAGCCGCGUUUCCCGCCGCCUCGCUGGAAUUCAGGCGGGAGAAGAGUCGAGGCGCCCGCGAUGUCUGGAGCGCGGAGACGGGGCGCGGGGCACUCCCUGGCGGGCUUCAGGCGGGGAGCAGGGCAGGAUGAAGCCAACGCGGCCGCUAUUCCCCAGGGCUUGCUUCGGGCGGCUAGAAAGAGCGGCCAGUUAAAUCUGUCCGGCCGGGAGUUGACCGAAGUACCUCUACAUAUAUGGCGAAUAAAUUUGGAUACUCCAGAAGAGGCCCACCAAAACCUCUCUUUUACUGGUGCUGAUCGCUGGUGGGAGCAAACUGACCUCAACAAACUGAUUUUAUCUUCUAACAAACUGCAGUGUCUUUCUGAUGAUAUCAAACUUUUACCUGCCCUCACUGUGCUUGAUGUGCAUGAUAAUCAACUCACGUCUCUCCCUUCUGCUAUAGGAUCACUAGAAAAUCUUCAGAAACUUAAUUUGAGUCAUAAUAAACUGCAAGAGAUACCAGAAGAGCUUACUCAGCUAAAACACUUGAGGAGCCUGCUUCUGCAGCACAACGAAUUGUAUCACCUGCCUAAUGAAUUCGGACAACUUGUCAGUUUGGAAGAGUUGGAUAUCUCUAAUAAUCAUAUCUCUGGUAUCCCUACAAGUUUUGCUUUCCUUAUAAACUUGGUGCGUCUCAAUUUAGGUUCUAAUCAAUUAAUGAAUCUUCCAACAGAAAUCAGUGCAAUGAAAAAUUUAAGAAAACUGGAUUGCACUAAGAAUUUCCUGGAAAAUAUACCUCCUGAACUGGGCAGUAUGGUUUCAUUAGAACAACUCUAUCUCAGGAGAAAUAAGUUGUGCUCCUUGCCAGAUUUUCAUUCAUGUACAUAUUUAAAGGAAUUGCAUGUUGGUGAAAAUCAGAUUGAAGUAUUAAGAGCUGAACAAUUGAAGUAUCUGAAUUCCUUGUGUGUGUUGGAACUAAGACAUAAUAAGUUGAAAUCAUUGGCUGAUGAAAUCACUCUGUUACAGGGAUUAGAACGGCUAGACUUAUCCAACAAUGAUAUUAGCAAGUAGGAAGCAUAUUUAUUAUUUUACUUGUGAAAGGAGUUAAUAGUGCCUUUGAAAGAGUUGUGGUGAAAACUAUUGAGGUUCAAAGAACUCAUUAGAAGAGCAGUCUUCUUGACAAGAGUUUUAGUUAUAGUUCCAACCUGCUCAUUGUUUUUCAAAUUACUGUAACACCCUAAAAAUGUAAGAAAAAGAAGAGAGAGAAAAAUGUUGUUAACAAGUGAGUGAUUUACACCGGGAAAACACUUGGGGACUUGAAUGCUUGCUGGCCUUUAGUUAAUGUCUAGAAUCCCCUGUAGCUGCAGAGGACCCCACUGUUUCGGUCAUCUGGAAGGGCUUUUGCAUUUGCCUUCUCCACUAUAAAAA